AUGGAGAGGGGGCCAUUGUGUGUCCUGGUGCUGCUGCUGACUCCGGGGGGCACCUCUGGGCAGGAUGGAGAGUACUGCCAUGGCUGGGCGGACAGCUCACAGCUCAGGCACAGGGGCUUUCGGUGCCCGGAGCACUAUGACAGCCCAGAGGCUACUCUGUGCUGUGGCAACUGCAACCUGCGGUACUGCUGCUCAACCAGAGAGGCCCGGCUGGACCAAGGCUUGUGUCCUAGUGACCAUCACCAGACCAGUCCCAAGCCUCCAUCAGUGCCCAUGUACUUACCUUUCCUCCUUGUUGGGUCCAUAUUUGUGGCUUUCGUUGUCAUUGGGGCCUUCAUUGGUAUUUGCUGCUGUAGAUGCCUGAAAUCCCAGGAUGAAGAGCAGCAACAUGGGCCUGCACCAGUCCAGAGUCGGCUGCUGGAAGCUGCUGCUCCUCCUUGGUUCUCCAGUUCCAGCUCCAGUUCAGCCACCAGAUGCUCCUUGGGUAGUCUUCCUCAGACUAGUAACAUCUGCCUGAGCAUGGCUCCACCUUUUCCCAUCAUAGGUUCCUCUCAAGGAGCCCAGUUCUUGCCUCCUACAUUAACCAAUGGACCCCUUUUGCAGCCUGCAUGUACUAAUUACGGAAUACCAGCUGAUCAUACUAUCAUAACAACUCCAGCAUCUUUCCUUAAUAGAGCAGUCUAUGGACAAACUUCUUACUAUAAUUUUCCUGUAAGUGCCAUGCAUGGUGACCAAACAAUGUACUCAGGCAUUCAUGUCUAAGAUGACCUGUAACUGCAGAACUCCAUAUUGUAAAAAUGUAAGGUGCUUUUUGGACAAAGUUAACAAACAGGAAGUAAUACAAACUUCUGAAAUCAUUAGCAUGUGUGAAAUGAGAAUCCGGUCUUGAUAUCUAUUUGGGAAAAAUAGGUCUCAUUUUAAUUGUUUAACCAGCUAAUUUAGUACGUACUGUACUACCUUGGGGCUCAGGUUCAGUCUCCAUGGUUCAUUCAUUUCUUGGCAUGUUUUCUCAUGGCAGGGCUAAUCUUGGUGGGGGUUUUAACUGUGGACAGCUGCCCACUGGGAACUGGAGCAAUAUUGCCAUAUUCCUUCUUAUAGGCAGUGAACAGCCAGCAGAUCUUGGCACUCCUGGCCAAUUACUAGCUUAGGUUGAAUUUGAACCCAGCUACCUAAAGGUUUUUCUUGUCCAUUACCAAAUGCCUUAGCCAUUCCGCAAUCCUAAUAAGACUAAUUUUGCAUUAUAUUUUAAAUGGCUUGUAGAGUACUUUCUCUGCUUAAAAACUAGUGGUUUUAACUUAAAGGGACAUUGUCAAAUCAUGUCUUUGCCUGAAUUUUUAUCUACAUCUGACUGUUACAAAACAAGCUUAUUCUAAGCAAAAGGGAUCAGAGGGGAUAAUGGAAAGUCUUGUUUUUCUCUCUUACUGUGACUAUACUGUGCAUUUAUUAGCAUCAUGCAUAGUCAGUUUCACUGUUGUUUGUGUGGGCCCAUACUGACAGGGAACAAAAUAACAUUCAGAAAAUGUGAAUGACUGUAAAAGCAAAAGUUGGCAGAGGGACUAGGGGGCAGGUGGAGUAUCUGAAACUACUUUUUACCUUUUUUUCCCCCCAAAUUGCCUGGAUGUCAAGUUGAUGGUGACUCUAAGACUGAACAUGCUGCUGACGAGGUGCCAGUUAAGUGCUGCUACAGGAGCAGCUUUUAGGCCAAAACUUUUUGUAAAACGUACUUUGUAUCUGUGCAGAUUAUUGGAGAAAAUAACUUUGCGAUGGCGUAUUUGUUGCUCCCUGUCUUGUAGUGGUUUAGUGUAGCUCUCGCUAUGCAACAUCGACAAAAAGAGACCUGCGGACUGAUUACAAGACAUCAUGAAAAGGCUUUUUUAUAACUGGGUGGGGAAAAGGAGUGAAACGUGGCGAGAACCGCCACCUGUAUAACACUACUUCCUUUUUCUUUAGCUUCUCCUAGAGAAGAAAAUCCUAUCUAUUUUGACUUAAAACACUGUUUACACUCUCAACAAGGAAUUAUCUUCAGAUGUGCAUUGCCUAAUUGCAGCCAUCCUUCACAGCAGGAGUUAACAGCAGGAUGCUAAUGUGAAGAGGUUGACAAAAUAUGGUGAUCCCGGCUGCUGGAGUGUCGAACACUUCCUUUGGUCAAAGAAACCAGAGAAUAAUUACACCAGAGGCACAUUAAAAUAACUCCACAGACAUUGCCAGUAGGAGCAGGUGCCAAGGAUUAAAGUUGUGUGUGUAAAAGAACAAGAACUUAAUCUUCAGCUGAUUGGUCAGGAUCUUAAAAUCUGCAUAAUAAAGAGGCUUUGAUGACUUCCCUGGGAAGCAGAUGGGGCUAAAUAAUCCAUUCGGUAAACAUAAAAUCCAUCAGAAUAUUUGUAUUCUUAUUGUAUUGAUGUGGAGGCAUCUCACAUCUAAUGCUAUUGUGUAAUGUGUCCCAUCAUAUAGAUGCUAAAAAGGGCACACAUUUCUUAGUAUCCUGGCUUGUAGUAGGGGAAGCAAUGCACCCUGGUAAAAUAAUAGGCUCAAUUUUCUGCUCAUUUGCACUGGUGUAAAUCAAGAGUAUUUCCAUUAAAAUUAAUGGAUUUACAGUAGUGUAAGAGAAGGGGAAAUUGGUCCCAAUAUAUCAAAGUUUGCUGUCAGGGAUGUAACUUUGGGCCAAUCUGUGCUGCACAGGGAAAGAAGUAAUACAUAUUUACGUGACAUGAAGCAUUUUGAAUUUAUUCAAAAUUAGUUAUCUGAUUUUUUUUUAAGUGAGGAUGAAGACGGGAGACCACCAAUGUAAAGUACCAACCAAAGCUUAACUGCGCUGAGGGAGACUGAGCCUAGUUUGUCAUGUCACUCAAUGCCCUGUCACUGAAAGUAAUUGAGGACCUAUUUAUACUAUGGAUUGGAUUUCACAGCACCCAGAGCUGGUGUGAUAAGAAUGGUAACAGGUAGCUGUGCAUUUGCUUUAACUAAAUGCCUAUUUGUAGAGGAACUGUUGUCUAAGGUCCCACAUUUUGGUGAAUUUCAUGUCCUUUUUCUUAAUAAAAAGAUCAGAUAAGGACUAACACCCAUGAGGACAGAACCUAAAUCCAGUUAUUUAUGGAGUAUUUCUGCCCUGUUCCUUCCUGUUUAGAGAUACAAAGGUACGUUGCAAUGAAAAUGGAUGUUACAGCUCUAGUUUUAGGGUCCAGAUCCAUUUUGUGAAGUGUUAACAGAAUGCAUAGCUUACAGGGGUGUUAAACAGCACCUAAUUGGCAGCAAGCAUUGCUACCAGUCACUGCAAGGGAGCAUAGAUUGUAUUUACCUUUCUAAUUUGAUCAAGUGUGUACAUGCCAGACAUUUGUUUUAAGCUGGUGAUAUUAUAUACCCUGCCUCCUUCGAUUAUAACUUAAUUUUAGUCAAUUAGUAUUGCUAACCCUCAAACAUUUAAAAAUAUGAG